AUGCCUCAGGAAGUCAGCGACAUCAAGAAGUUCAUCGAGAUCUGCAGGCGGAAGGAUGCCUCUUCCGCCCGGAUCAAGAAGAACAAGAAGGCCUCUUCCAUCAAGUUCAAGGUCCGAUGCCAGAAGCACCUCUACACUCUGGUCCUCAAGGAUGCCGAGAAGGCCGAGAAGCUGAAGCAGUCGCUUCCUCCUAGCCUGGCUAUCAAGGAUGUCACCGGCCGUGAGAAGAAGGCCAAGUCCUCAUAA